UUUUUUGACAUCAGCAUCGGUGGCGAACCUGCCGGCCGCGUCGUCAUGGAGCUGUUCGCCGACGUUGUGCCCAAGACAGUCGAGAACUUCCGCGCCCUCUGCACCGGCGAGAAGGGCACGGGUGAGUCCGGCAAGCCACUGCACUACAAGGGCAGCACGUUCCACCGGGUGAUCAAAAACUUUAUGAUCCAGGGUGGUGACUUUACGCGUGGCAACGGCACCGGCGGUGAGAGCAUUUAUGGCGAGAAGUUUGCCGACGAAGACUUUUCGCUCAAGCACGAGAAGCCGUUUAUGCUGAGCAUGGCCAACGCCGGGCCCAACACGAACGGGUCGCAGUUCUUUAUCACCACUGUGCCCACCCCGCACCUCGACAGCAAGCACGUUGUCUUUGGCCAGGUGCUCAAGGGCAAGGGCGUGGUGAGGGCUGUCGAGAACGGUAUUACGGACUCGGGAGACAAGCCAGAGAAGGCUGUGGUUAUCGAGGACUGUGGUCAGCUGCAGCCUGGUGAGGACGACGGUGUCGGUGCUGGUGACGGCGUGCCCGAGUUCCCUGAUGACUAUCCAAUUGCCGAGGAUGCUGAGGGAAUCGAGGCCGAGGUCGCGCUGGAGGUGGCCACCAAGAUGAAGGGCCUGGGUAACGAUGGGUUCAAGGCGGGCGAUCUGACGACCGCUGUGGCAAAGUACAGCAAGGCGCUGCGGUACUUGAACGAGUACCCGGCGUUCGACAAGAUCAAUGACCCUGAGGACAAGCUGCGGCCGCAGUUUGUCGCUGUCAAGGUGCCUGUGUUCUUGAACCGUGCUCUGUGCUAUCUGAAGCAAGGCAAGUUUGCGCAGGCGAUCCAGGACUGCACAUUUGUUAUCGAGAUGGCAGACAAGGAGAUCACCGAGAAGGACCUGACCAAGGCUUACUUCCGCCGUGGCUCGGCCUACCGCCAGUCCAAGGCCCACGACAAGGCGCUGGAUGACCUGACCAAGGCCAAGGAGCUGAGCCCGCAGGACAAGGGCGUGCUGAACGAGAUCACCUUGACCAAGAAGGCCAUCAACGACCAGAAGAGCCGCGAGAAGCAAAUGUACAGCAAGCUCUUUGCUUAGACUGGACCGAUGUAAGCUGUGUUUUGGUCAAAUAAAAGGAGUGCUUUUCUACAUGCCU